AUGCUAAAAAUCAUUGUCCCAACUGCUAUACUAUUACCCCUAACCUUCCUCUCUCCAUGCAAGCACCUUUGAACUAACACUACCCUUUAUAGCCUGCUAAUCGCCUCAGUCAGCCUUCAAUGACUUGUACCUACAUACUACCCAAGCAAAAGCCUGACCCCCUGAACCUCCAUCGAUCAAAUCUCCUCCCCCCUACUAGUCCUUUCCUGCUGGCUCCUCCCUCUCAUAAUUAUGGCAAGCCAAAACCAUCUAGAACCAGAACCUGCCAUCCGCAAACGAAUCUUUGCCACAACAAUCAUCCUAGCCCAACUAUCCAUCCUGUUAGCCUUCUCAGCUUCAGAGCUGAUACUAUUCUACAUUGCAUUUGAAGCCACCCUAAUCCCCACUCUCAUCCUUAUCACCCGAUGAGGCAGCCAACCAGAACGCUUAAAUGCUGGUAUCUACCUCCUAUUUUACACUCUUGCCAGCUCACUACCACUAUUAAUUGCCAUCCUCCACCUACAAAACCAAAUUGGCACAUUAUACCUCCCAAUACUUAAACUCUCACACCCCCCACUAAACACCUCUUGAUCAGGACUAAUCGCAGGCCUAGCUCUACUACUAGCCUUCAUGGUCAAAGCCCCACUAUACGGCUUACACCUAUGACUACCCAAAGCCCACGUAGAAGCCCCCAUCGCCGGCUCCAUACUACUAGCUGCCCUACUACUGAAACUAGGUGGAUACGGAAUCAUACGAAUCACUAUCCUAGUAAACCCAACACUAAACAACCUCCACUACCCCUUUAUUACCCUCGCCUUAUGAGGGGCAUUAAUGACCAGCGCCAUUUGCCUACGACAGAUCGACCUAAAGUCAUUAAUCGCCUACUCAUCUGUCAGCCACAUAGGCCUAGUAGUAGCCGCAACCAUAAUUCAAACUCAAUGAGCAUUCUCAGGAGCAAUAAUUCUAAUAAUCUCACACGGCCUAACAUCAUCAAUACUAUUCUGCCUAGCCAACACCAACUACGAACGCACUCACAGCCGAAUCCUUCUACUCACACGAGGACUCCAACCUAUGCUUCCCCUAAUAGCCAUCUGAUGACUUCUAGCCAACCUCACAAACAUAGCUCUCCCCCCAACAACAAACCUCAUGGCAGAACUAACCAUCGUAGUCGCACUCUUCAACUGAUCUGCCUUCACACUCAUCCUGACCGGCACUGCGAUCUUACUUACCGCCUCAUACACACUUUACAUACUUAUAAUAACACAACGAGGCCCACUCCCAUCCCAUAUUACAUCAAUUCAAAAUUCCUCCACACGAGAACACCUCCUCAUAGCCCUCCAUACAAUCCCAAUAUUCCUGCUUAUCCUCAAGCCCGAACUAAUCUCAGGCAUCCCUAUAU